AUACUCCAAGUCACUUCUCGUUUCUCCUCUUCUCUCUUCCUCAGACGUUUCUUUCUGCAACUUCAGCCUCACAUCUCUAUGCUGUUAAAUACUAAGAGCCUUAUGUCACCCACAACGUCUCUUUUCUCUUUGUUUUGAUUGCAUAUUUUGUAACGCUCACCCUCCAUUUAUUGCUACCUUUGACUUGUCUUCCCCUUUUACUACUACACCUUUCCUUCUCCUUUCUUCUCUCUCUUAUAUUCUCUUUAUAAAUUAUAUGCAGACGUUGCCUUAUGGACGUUUCUCUCCUUAAUAUCUGAAUAAAUAUGCACAAAUCCUUGUCUCGAAAUCUUCGCUUUUCUCCAUUUUCCCUUCUUAAUCAAUUUGUGGUCUUUUUCUGUUUCUAAGCAUGUUUAUGUUAAUUAAUCUCUACCAACGCUGAUAAGCCAACUUCUAAUCAUGUGAAGCUUUUUAGUUGUUGGGUUGGGGGGGCUUUGUUCAUCAGGUUACAGUUUGAAUUGAUUAUAAGGUGUAAAAGGUUUCCCUGAUCAAAGUUUAACAAAGGACAAAUGACCUAUUUAUGACUAGUGAAAAAGCAUUUACCUGUCACAACCUUUGGUAGUAAAGGCUUUUGUUUCAGUAACCAUAAUUCCGAAGCGCAGAAGAUGAGAAUUCUUGAAUUACCACCCUCUGAUGGCAAUGGUUCGUCAAAUAAUGAUGAUGAACCUUUACCUCAGGAUGCAGAUUAUAACAAUGUUCUUCUGAGUCUCAGUGAUGAGCUAGAGACUUCAAUAUUGGCAAGAUUUCCAAGAUCCCAGCACUGGAAAUUGUGCUUCCUAAACAAGCGGUUCUUGGCUCUAGUGAAGAGUGGUGAGGUAUAUAAAAUCAGAAGAGAGUUAGGAUUCAAAGAGCCAUCUGUGUUUAUGUUAGCUAGUGGAGAGAGCAAUUGGUGGGGAAUGGAUUGGCCUUUCAAGUCAAGUAAAAAGCUCCCUCCUAUUCAAUCAGAUUAUAAUUUUGAGUUUGGAGAUAAAGAGUCAUGUUGUGCAGGGUCCCACCUAUUAGUUUCAGGCAAGGAGAUUGAUGGAGCUGUUAUUUGGAGGUAUGAGUCAGAAUCAAAUGAAUGGCUAAAAGGGCCAUCUAUGAUCAACCAAAGAUGUCUUUUUGCAUCAGCUACAUGUGGUGCUGUUGCCUUUGUUGCUGGGGGUCUUGAGGCAAGAACUUACACCCAAGUUUUGGAUUCAGCUGAGAAGUACAAUUCUGAAAGGCAGUGUUGGGAACCCCUCCCAAGGAUGAAUAAGAAGAGGAAGUUUUGCUCAGGUUGUUUCAUGGAUAACAAGUUCUAUGUCCUUGGAGGGCAGGAUGAGCAUCAAAAGGACCUCACAUGUGGGGAGUUCUUUGAUGGGAAGACCAAUAGUUGGAACUUGAUUCCUGACAUGUGGAAAGAUAUUCCUCUUUCUGAUUCACAAUCUCCACCUCUUCUUGCUGUUGUAAACAAUGAGUUGUACACACUUGAUGCCUCUUCCAAUGAGCUAAAAGUGUAUGUGAAGGGAAGCAACACAUGGAAGAGGUUAGGAGGGGUUCCUGUUAGAGCUGAUGCUCAAGGAGGUUGGGGUGUGGCAUUUAAGUCUUUAGGUGAUGAGUUACUUGUUAUUGGUGCACCCUCUGUGUCCCACACUGAGCGUGCCUUGUCUAUGUACACUUGUUGCCCUGAUCCAGAUGCUGAGAAAUUGAGGUGGAGGCAAAUUGAAUGUGGCAGCUUUCAGCUUAAUCACUUUAUUCGCAAUUGUGCUGUGAUGGGAACAUGAAGUCUGAAUUAUGAGCAGCAAGAAUAGUAGCUUGAAACCAAUAUCAAAAUAAAACUUGGUUAUAAAGUUUGUGCCAUUUGAUGAUUUCAUCUUUGUUUUCUAUUAUGUCACAUUUUGAAACAAGUUAUUGUUAGGAUGCUUGUUGAUGUAUCUUCUCUCUUCUUUAACUUAGAAGGAGUGAAAAUAGCAAGUAUUAUCCUGUUGUUGGUGAAGAAAACUAGAUAAUGAGAUUCAAAGCUCAUGUGCAAUUU